GAGAGAAAGUAAACGCAUUUAUUUCGAAAGUAUGUUUUGAGAGUGGGUUAAGUGUUGUAAAUAUUCUUCAAAUAUAUGGUAUUAUAAUUACCAUCUCUUGUGUAAGUCAAGUUUUUUGUGAAACAGAAAAGAUGUUGAAGUUGGUUAGAUCAUAUUCAUCUAGUCUGUCACGUAUGUUUUCUUCAACUGAGAUCCAAGUUAUACACAAUCAGAAGCUAAAAGAAUUUUCCCUGGGUAGCAGUAAAGACAAAGCAGUUUUACAAUACAAGGAAAUUUCACCAUCUAUCAUAGAACUGGAGCACACUAUUGUACCAGAAAGUUUACAAGGCCAAGGAAUAGGAAAACUGCUUGCAGAGGCAGCUCUUGAAUAUGCUAUUGAUAUGAAAUUGAAAGUUAAAGUCAGUUGUGGCUUUGUUAAAACAUAUUUAGAGAAAUAUCCAAAACCCGAGUUUAAAGCUGUUUUAUUGGAUAAAUACUUCUUCUUCUUCAAUUUCAACAAGAUUGCUCCUCAAAGAUAUACCUGAUGUUGGCAGAUUUGUACAGAUUUCUGAGGAUCCAGUACUCUUCUGUUUUGAUCUUUUCCGUUGUAGGACAGCUGCCAUCAAACAAUUUUUGUUAUUCACUUUUUGGCACUGCUAUGUAGUAAAAGUCACCAAAAUUUUCAAAAUGUGCUCAAAUUCAGAAACCAAAUGAAUAACAAUUCUUUAGUUUUAAAAUGCAAUGUAACAUUUUCAUAUAUGUUCUCUUUGUUGUAUUCCAAGUUUCAAUGGUCUUUCAUAAACAAAUUGUAAUAUUUUAUUAUAAAUUCAAUUUUAAAAUAUACAUUUAUGAGAUUUGGUGCAGUGCAAGAAUAGGUAUACAAAUUGCUCUUUGUAAAGUGAUAACGACAAAAUUUCCAAGAGCUUUAAGGGGAGAGAAGGCACCUACUAAAUAAUUGAUUGAUUCUGAGGAUAAAUAUAUAAUUUUUAAAAAAAGGAAAUUGUAAAGAAAAGUGUCAUGGUAUAAUUUCUGCUUCAUGUGGAAAUAGUGUUUCAAAACUAAAAAUAUUGUUAUUAUGCGAGUCACAUUUAAUGUGCAAAAAGCCACUUCCAGCUUGUGAGCCAUAGUUUGGCCAUGUCUGUAUUCUGCAUUGAAUAUUAUUAUUGACAGCAUGCCAGAACUGUGAAUCUACAAAAUUAUCAGUUGUAUUGCUGUCUUUUUUGGCAUACGGUAAAACAUUGAAAGAUAGUCUAAAAUUGUUUGUAGAUUAAAACAGCAAAAAGUGCAGCUUUAUGUUUCUAUACGCAAACCGAAUCCAAGGCCAAGAAAUGAAACCAUGGUGAACUUAAGAGUGUUUUGUGGCUUUAGCACUCGGAUCAUUGGUAAGCGCUCAUUGAAAUGGGCGCAUGCGCUUCUUAAAAGAAGCACAACUUGAGACAUUAUUCAUCUUUAUUACAACCAUCGUAAAAUGGCUGGCUGUAUUUUUUUAAAGCAGACUAUUACAAAAAAAUUGCAAAGUUCUUAUUUCACUCCCUGGUUGAUGAACUAAUUAAAAAAGCUUAAUAAAACCCAACUUGCAUUAUGUUGCCCCAGUUGCUGCCCAGACGGUGUAGUUAGGAAAGCCUGACUGCGAUACCAAAGGGCCUGGGUUCGAAUCCCGGAAAAGGCAUGGUUGUAACUGUCCGUCCCUUCAUAGGAGGCAAUGUUGGCCCACCUAUUAGGUGCCUCUAUAAUAAAGAGACCACCACAUCUGGCCUUAGUAUAGAUUAAUGGACUCUGUUACAAAACUGUAACUGUUCACCAUCUGCCAUUGGAAAAAAAAAAAUAUGUUGCCCAAGUUUAAAAGUACAGCACUUCUAGUGAAACUUGACCAGUUGUUAUUUUGGCCUAGUUAGAGUGAUAUAUCAUGUAGAACAUUGAAUAUUCUUAAAAUUCUAUCUUGUCUCUAAACCUCUUGAAUAGUUGCAAUCUUAACUAUUUGGAUAAUUUUGAAUACAUCACUUAUUAUAUAAAUCGAAGCCUACAAAGUGAGUGCAUUAUCCUUAAUUAAUGAAUUUGUUUUACCUUAAAAAGGAUUAAAUAAGAUACUUAAAUAAAAAUUAAUUUUAAUAUUCUAAAAUAUAGACUUAACUUACCAAUCUGUAAUAAUUGUUGUUGUUUUAUAUAGUGAAACUGUGCAAUACUGUUCACAACAAAAACUGUUUUCGGUCAAUGAAGCUAUUCUGAAUUUCAAAAAGUACACCACGGUUAAUUAGGAUUGAAAUUUAAUGCCAAUUGUAAGUUUGAAAACCAUGUACAACAAAAUAUCCAUUUGGUUCUCUGAAUUUGUCCAAAUUAUCUUUUUUGGCUUUGAAAUGCAUUAAAAUAAUGAAGAUAGUAGAAAAAGUAAAUAAGUUUACAUGCUAUAUCAUAAUGGGACCAAACAUGGUAUUCAAAACUUAUGGAAAAUGGUGAUGAUCCGGAUUCAGAAAUAUAUAUAUAUACAGUACAAAGUCCGUAAUCUGGACUCAUCGAGACUUCGGCGAUUCCGGAUUAUAGAUCAUCAAUUUAAAUCUGGUAAGAUGGCAUGCAGAAAUGAUACAAUUA